AUGGUCACCACGAGGAGCAUGGACAACCCUAACCAGAUGGAGAUGAUCCGAGAAUUACAAGCUCAACUGGAAGAACAAGCCCACACUAUACGUCAGCAACAAAGGCUUCAACAAGCCCAGGCUAAAAGGAUGGAGGAACAAGCCCAGAUCAUACGACAGCAGCAGGAGAUACAACAGAAGCAGAGCGACGAAAUCGCCCGGUUGAGGGCACGUCGCGCGACUCCUGAAAUGUCCGAGACUCAAGGAAGCCAGAAUAACGGGCAUGGCAGACACACACCUCCCCUAAACGACCGGUCACCUAACCCAUUGCCCUUCACUGAAGCCGUCAUGCAGGCCCAAAUGCCCGAUCGACCUCCUCCGUCAAUUGAAAGAUUUGACGGCACCUCUGAUCCUGAACAUCACCUUAGAAACUUCAUUGACUCCAUGGCUUACUACUCCAACAGUAACCCAGUCAAGUGCAGAGCUUUCUCCCAAUCCUUGAAAGGAGAGGCUUUGGAAUGGUACUACACCCUUCCCCCUAACUCAGUCGAUAGCUUUCGUACUGUUAUUAGCCUGCUCAAAAAGCAAUAUGCCAUCAACCGAAGAGAUGAGAUAACUCCCGUUGACCUCGUCAAUAUAAAACAAGGCAAAGACGAGACUUUACGAGCGUUCAUACAGAGAUACAAUGAAGUUGCGAGACGAGCGAAGGGUGUCACCCAUGACUUUAUUAUUGGCAAUCUCCCCAACUGCAUAAAGCCGGGAUAUGUCUCGGAGCAUCUAUACGCUCGACAACCUAAAACGAUGGAAGAAUUCCAAGAAAGAUUCACCGAGUACAUCAAGAUGGAGGACCAAAGAAGCUCUCGUAGGAAACAAACAUACCACGGUAACAGAGGACACACUAUCGAAGGCUGUCAAGGACUGAAAGAUGAACUGGAGAGGCUUAUCCACGUUGGAUACCUCCGUGAGUUCGUACGAGAAGAAGCAAACCGAGCGAGACGCUCUCCCAAAAAGGAGCCCGUUCGAAGAAGUCUGGAAAAGAACACCCGACCAACAGACAGGUCAAGGAGUCGUUCCCGAGGAAUAGCACACGAUAGGCCUGCUAGGGGUCAUAUUGAUACGAUCUCCAGAGGGUUCGCCAGGGGAGGGGCAUCAUCCUCAGCCCGGAAAAGACAUCUAAGAAACCUACAAAGUGUUCACAAUGUAAGCCAUCACUCUCUGACAAUGCCGGACAUCGCGUUCACCAAUGCCGACUUCCAUGCCCCGGAUCUCGAUCAAGAUGACCCUAUGGUCAUAACCGCACGGAUAGCACAAUAUGAUGUCAGCAAAGUCCUGAUUGACCAAGGAAGCUCAGUUAACAUACUCUACUGGUCCACGUUCCAGAAAAUGGAAUUCUCAGAAGAUGUUGUCGCCCCCUUUAAUGAACAGAUUGUGGGAUUCGCCGGGGAAAGAGUAGACACCCGGGGAUACUUGGAUCUAUGCACACGACUAGGCACGGGAGAAUGCUCGAAGGAACUGCGCGUACGGUUUUUACUGGUGGAAGCCAAUACCACUUACAAUGCGCUACUCGGGCGACCUUGCUUGAAUGCUUUCGGCGCAAUCGUGUCCACUCCCCACCUGGCGAUGAAGUUUCCGUCCGAGGAAGGGAACAUAUGCACAGUAAAAGUAGACCAGAAGACCGCUCGGCAGUGCUAUGUAGCCAGACUGAAAAUGAUACCAUUCGUCCCUCCAAACAAAGCCAAACAACCGGAGACAAUUCUUGUUGACUUGGACCCAAGGACGAACACGAAUGAUCGGUUCGAGCCCCAAGGCGAUGUCAAGGCGUUCGUACUAGGGCGAAGUGAAGAUCAAACCACUUCCAUUGGCGCUGGACUACAACCAGAGGACGAGCGGGAUCUGACAGAGUUGCUGCGCGCCAACUUCAAACUGUUUGCAUGGAGCGUCGCCGAUAUGCCCGGAAUACACCCGAGCGUCAUGACGCAUAAAUUAUCUGUUUUCAAAGAAGCCCGACCGGUGGCACAGAAAAAACGGAGAUUUGGUGACGAAAAGAGGGAUACCAUACAAGAGGAGGUCAACAAACUAACCAAGGCAAAAUUCAUCCGGGAAAUUCCCUAUACGACCUAG